CCUGUUUUACGAGGCGUAAUUCCCGGCUAGUACCCGCUUAGAUGAACUAAUCCCUACUGUGCUUACUGGCCUACUGUACCUUCCUCAAGUCCUAUCCAUCGAGAUACCUCGUAGCGUUUCCCAUUUUACCACCAAGAAUUAGGAACGUUGCCAUUAACGAAACCAACUCUUCGAGUCUCUCUCUCUUACUUCUCUGACACUCGGAAUAGGAGGUAUUGGAGACUCGGCCUUCCAGGAAUAUCAUCGACCUCACAUCAAAUUUCUUUCCGCUUUCUUUCUGCUGCAUCUUCUUCCCAAUAUAGGCCAUGGAGUUUGACGAUGAAACCGAGCUGGGUCUCGACAUAACCCAAACAGAACUCAUGAGCAUACUGCCCAUUGCAGUUCUUCAACGCCUUGCUCCGGAGCCAAGUGGAAAAUGGCAUCUUUCUAAGGUUGGACCCAAUGAGUUUCGCGCCGAGUACGUUGUGAAGAGAUUGCGCGAUCGCAUCAUUGCCUCCAGACAUACAAUCUCCACCGUUCUCUCGGUCGCAGAAGUCCAUGACAGCUUUCCUGUUCAUCGUGCUCGUGCUUUGGACCAAGCCCAGACAGAUGCUAUUCUUCCUCAAAUUGAGCAUCUGGUUCAUCAGCCUGCUGGCAAUACAGGAUUUAUUCCCAGGGCAAACAAUUCUUCAUCUGCCCAGGGAUUCCAAGAAGAUGAACUUUCUGGAUUCCCUUCCAUUACCACUUCCAAUCAGACCAACUACUUCUCUCAUUCUCAGAGCUACCAAAAUUCCAAUGGUCAGGAAACUACAUCCAAUGGCGAGCUCCCCGUCCACAAUGAUCUUGGUUUCUUCAACGAGGACGACUUUACCACAGCUGAAAUGCUGAGCAAUGAUGCAUUUCUGCAAAGUGGAAAUAAUUUGGAGAAUCACACACAGAAUCCAGAUGCUAUCUUCAGCCCAACAUUUCCUGGCGCAAGUACAUCCCUCACCAACCAAGCUGUGGAUGGUUCCGGAAACUUUUUUGAUGAGACAGAUCUCACUGACAUGGGUCUGCAAUGGAACGAGAAUGAGGCCAUGGUCUCUCCAGCUGCGCAAAACACAAGUGCAGCAAUUCUGCAGAGUAUUGAGUUCUCGCAAAACCUUCUAUCUGGUAAUCAGGUCGUAAAUCCCUUUUCAGAGCGAAUGGCCCAGUUCCAGACAUCAGUCUUCUCAUCCACUUCUCAAGCUGCGAAUCAGACGUCUUUUGCGGGCAUUCCUUUCAUGUUUCAUGCUGAGAACAUGACGACUACUAACGAUAGCGUUGGCAAAAAGUAUGAUACAACGGAGACUGGCGACCCUUCGCAUGAAGGUGAAGACAUAUAAUCCAAAGAUGUUGGGUUGGUUGGUUGGUUGGUUGGUUGACUAAGUAAGCUUGUUUCUAUCAGUUUGAUCGUUAUCAAUUGCUAAUUUGAGGUAAUCCAGAUCCCCAUAUCCAGUGGAGAACCCGCUUCGGCUCC